GCCCGGACAUUUAUCCGACACCCACGUGAUGCAUAAGCAAUGCUAAUCCCAAUUGGGACUCGCUUGUGCCACCACGUGACACACGUGACACACAUAUAGCCUUAAUGCCUGAUUCUGCAGGCCUCAGGCACCAGCACAGCUGCCGACGACCAACUCAGAUUCUCUCACUCUUUCUCUCCCUUCUUGUCCGUUCUUCUUCCCCCACCACUUCGACGCCCCAGUCAACCACCCACCAACCCGCAUUCGUUCCUUUCCUCAUUGAUCUUUUGCAUUUCCCCAAAUCUGGGGUCGCCAAGCUAUGGAUCACUCGUGGUAUUUCGUCUCCUGAGUCUGAUUCUGCCUUCGAAUCUGAUUUUUCACUACUUGUCUCAUCAUCAUCUCUUGUCGCGUUUUCAUCGCACUCGUCAUCAAAAUCCAUCUUCCUACAUCAUACCUCAUCUUCUACUGGACCUCUUGGGUCUUUUGCUUCCAUUUGAUUGAAAACUGAGUCGCCUACUAGCGUGGUGAUCCCAUCUACUUUCGCGUCUUCUACCAUGGCUGCGGUUGCCAACGGUGACAUGGCCUCUCCGGUCUUCGAUACAGCCAGUGCCCAGGACGAGUUCGCUGGCAAUGAUUCAGAUAGCAAUGCCUCCCAUCCUCCUCGCGACGCAUCCGAGUCCUACGAAGCUGGUUCCCCCGAUGCGGACGGGGA